AUGCCGAGUGCCCUGGCGUUCGAGGGAGAUGUUAUAGUCAGGUUUGAAACACGGGCGGAGGCCAGGGAGACAUACUUUCAAAGGAUCGAAUACCUCAACAUCACCGACUGCAAAGACAGCACCAUCUACGUUACGGCACGGCUUCGCUACUGCCUCAUCUCGGGCUGCGAAGGGACCACCAUGAUUCUCGGUGGUGUUUCCACCAUUUGCACCACGCACAACUGCGAGAAGGUCAACGUACAUGUGGCCGCGCACUGCUAUAAGAUGGAGAACUGCGUCGAUACAUCUGCCUACGUGUACUGUCACAUUCCACCCAUCAUCACCGGUGACACGCGAGGCAUUCAGUUGGCUCCCUACAACGUGCUGCACUCGCACAUGGCCUCAGUCCUCCACGGAUCGCAGAUGACUUUGGAGAAGGACUACGUGGACAUUUGGGCGCAUCCGAUCUGUUGCACCUCGCUUGCACUUCACACCCAGCCUGGCACGGCAGGGAUGGUGGAAACUUUAUCCUCCCGCGCGGGCACGCCUUUAGAGCCGAGGAACACUACGUACCAUUUCGUUCAUCCGAGUAAGUUCUUCCCGGUGGUCGUUCCGGAGUCACACGGACGAAGUGCGCCGCCGCAGCUACUGCUCCCUGAAGUCUACGACAAAGCCAUGAAGGAACAGCAGGAUGAAGUCCGCCGCCUCAUGGGCCAGCUUCGCUGCCUGCCGAGUGAGCUGGCGCAGAAGAAAGCCCAAGAGAGCAUCCACAGCCACUUCAAGGUAGCUACCCACAAGGGAAUUUUCAACUGCCGAGGCCCCAGGAUUUACACGCGGGCCAUGAGAACAAAGGUGAAGAGCGCUGAUGUGGUGGCCCUGCCUCAUGAGACCUUGGUGGAGGCUUUGGUGCCUGGCGUCUGGGGGCCGCUCAUCGAUCAGUUCUUCCAGGUCCGUGCUCAUAGCACAGCAGGGGUGGGCCCUUGGUCGGCCUCGAGUGACGCUAUGCAGGUGGAGCCUGAACGACCCAGCAAGCCGGAUGCUCCUUACAAAUUCGAGCUCCUUCCGCGGGCCAUCGUGGUUUUCUGGCGCCCGUCGGACAGUCUGGGCAGCGACAUCACCGGUUUUGGCUUGCGCUAUGCCGAAUCCAGGGACAUGUCGCGUGGCUGUGAGGUCAGCGGUAUCAAGGGAACAAACACGAGCUUUGCGGUCACGAACCUGCAGCCGUCGAAAAGCUACUACUUCCAGGUGCGCUGCAUCAACGCCAUUGGCGUUUCGGACUGGUCGGACCCAUCUUCACCCGUCAAAGUGAAGCAGGACUCGUGGCGGUGGCCGGACGAGUUCCCGCUGCUUGACGGCGCCUGCGCGGACUCUGAGCAAGCCAUCCAGAGAACCCGGCCCUGCAGCAUGGCCGGUGUCCGACGAGGAGGUUGA